AUGCCCCGUCGGCCAGUGAAGCCCGAGGAUAGGCAGCGAGUCGCUCGGGCAUGCGAUCAAUGCAAAGCAUCGAAGAAGCGUUGUAAUGGGAAUCAGCCCUGCGAUGCUUGUGGAAAGAAAGGAAGCUCUGAGGCUUGUCACUACACUCGCGGCAGGCGGCGCCACCCAUUACCACGACGAAGCUCAACCACCUCACAGAAUGUUGGUGUAACUGAACCCAAUUCUAGUGAGAACAGGACUUCAGUAGGCGAGUCUAUGGUCUCGCCAAUGUCCUCUUGGAACGUCCACGGUCAAAGUACGCAAACUUCCUCUAGCGAAGGGAUGGAUCAACCGCCACUUAUGCUAUCAAGUGUGAAUGGAGAAAAAGUUUUUGUCGGUAACACGGCAGCAAUCUCUUUCCUGCGAUUUUUGCAGAAGACGCUAGAGCGCCAUGUCGGACCUUCUGGCUUCACUGUCGCAGAUGAUAGCCACAAGCUCUUCGAGGCAGAUACUGCAGACGUAGAUCCAAAUUCUGUUUACGACAGUUUGAGUAUUGACGACAAAAGAGCCUUCGUACAAGUCUUUCUGGAUGCCUCAAGCGGCCUUCUAGAUCUUUUCUCUUGGGAGGAUGUUUUCCGACUCUUAGGGAGCCAUGAACCUAUAAGCCCCAGUGCGAUACAGCCUACCUCCCAACGGCUGAGUAGUCUCGAGACCGCAUCUCUGUACCUCAUGAUCGCGAUCGGAGCACAGUGUCGCCAAAGCGUUGACGACGCCACGUGGGCAUCGAAGCUGUUCUCCUACGCUCGAAAGCUGGCACUCGAGGGAAUGCUGGCAAAUCCGAGCCUGGACCUAGUUCGAGUUUUUCUCUUAAUGGCUUUCUACAUGUUCGGGGCAUGUCGUCGCAACUCAGCUUUCAUGUACCUCGGUGUAGCAUCGAAGGCUGCUGAUAUUCUGGGUCUGCACUCGUCUACGCAGUACAAGCACCUACCACAGGAGGCUAAGGACGCGAGACUCCGAACAGCCAAAAGUCUGCGCGUAUUCGACGUCAUUUGCAACUCCAUACUUGGCCGCCCAAGUAGCACUCCGUCUGUGCGAACAGGCCGCACGAGCUACGUGACGAAGAGUUCUGAUAUGAACCCUGAAGUCACGUAUAAGGCCUUGGCCUUGGGAGCAUCAUAUGAAAUCUCCGCCAUCCUCAACGAAGCUGUUGCUAAGUCCGCUGAAGUCGGCUUGGACAUGGAAACAACCGAGGCCUUCGUACUAGCUCUGCGGCAACGCAGUCGCACGUUUCCACCAAUCCUGCGACAUCAUGGCAGCGAUAACGACUUUGAUACACGACACAUCACUAUUGGUAAUGUCCAUGUGGCCGGUUCAUAUUAUUUCAGUGUCAUUUUGGUCACUCGGCAUUGCUUGAUCCGCCAUGUCGUACCUUUGCUUUCAGGGCAGGCACGCAACUCGCUUGAACAAGCCCAGGGCGCGAAAUCCGCCACAACCGAGGAUACAAAAGUUGCGCAUCUGGCAGACGCCUGCAUCGACGCAGCGUCACUCAUGGCGCAAAUGUGUCACCAAGUCAUGAAAUCUGGCAUGUUGGUCGGAAACAUGUGUAUUCUCAAGGCUUGGAUCUUCGCGACCGGGCUUGUCCUGGGCUUCUCUUUACUUGUAGAAGAUGGUCCUAACUUUGCACAGAAACGCGCAGCGUUCUUAAAGUCUCUCCAUGUUCUGGGAGAGCUGAAGCGGAUGAGUCCCCAAGCUGAGCAGUACUACAACAUCCUCAUGAGCUUCCAUCAAUCUAUCAAGUCAUACCGAGAACAGCUCGACCGGGAAAAACAAGAAUCUCGCCCAACGCUGGUUGACUGCGUUUUCUUGACAGACUUUACAGCCGACUUGAACGAUGCGGAACAUAUUGCCACCCAGCUUCCGAGCCCAGAUACGACUCUCCUAGAACCCUCUUUGGCGGAGUGGCCUCUUGAGCUCGACCAGAUGGGGGCUGUUGCGAACGAUGUGGGACCCAUAGACCCCGCAUUGAUGGGCGACAACGACAUCAUCAUGCGUAUGCUUUGGGACGUUGAUAGGUAUGCCGGUGAAUAUCUCGAUCCUCUGCUACCCGAAGUGGAUGUGGGUUUGGGUUGCUCGGCGCACAUUGAAGGGCCAUUAGCAUAA